AUGGGUCAUCCAUUUCGGCGGGACAGAAAAUCAUUUUUAAAAGGAAGGGUUGAGCACGGUGCUCCUUCUCCUAGGUUGUCUAGUGAAGAAGUUUGGAACAAUGUGCGUGGCUUACCAAAAAUAUUUGAUGACCACGCCUCCAAUAAGUUGCCAGGGUUUGGGGAUCAACAUAACUGGACAAAACAAAGCAUUUUCUGGGAAUUACCAUAUUGGCACACAAAUAUUAUUCGGCAUAAUCUUGAUGUGAUGCAUAUCGAGAAAAAUGUAUUUGAUAAUAUAUUCAACACAGUAAUAGAUGUAAAGGAUAAAACGAAAGACAAUUUAAAAGCUAGAAAGGAUGUGCAGACUUAUUGCAAUCGUCCAGAGCUUGAAUUGAUGGAGCAUGAAGGAAAAUUUUUGAAGCCAAAGGCAGCCUAUUCAUUGACAAAAGAACAAAAAAAGUUGAUAUGUGAAUGGGUCAAAAGUUUAAGGUUUCCUGAUGGUUAUGCUUCCAAUUUGUAUAGAUGUGUAGACAUGGAUGAUUGUAAGUUAUCAAGGAUGAAGAGCCAUGAUUGUCAUGUGUUUCUAGAAAGGUUGCUACCAAUUGCAUUUCGAGAAUUUUUGCCAGAGCCAAUUUGGAAUGCCUUAACAGAGAUUAGCUUAUUUUUUAGAGGUUUAUGCGCACCUGUGUUAGAAGUAGAAGAUCUACGUAAGCAUGAAGAAAGCAUAAAAGUUACAAUUUGCAAGCUGGAGAAAAUAUUUCCUCCUGGUUUCUUUGAUCCCAUGGAACAUUUUCCAAUUCACUUACCAUAUGAAGCAAUAGCUGGUGGCCCAGUGCAAUUUCGGUGGAUGUACCCUUUUGAGCGGGAGCUUCACGUUCAUAAGAAGAAAGUGAAAAACAGAUCUCAUGUCGAGGGAUCAAUAGCUGAAGCUUAUAUCAUUCAAGAAAUUUCAACAUUCAGUUCCCAUUAUUUCCAGCCUAAUGUGCAAACUAGGCUGAACAAAGUGACUCGAAAUGAUGAUGGAGGUGAAGUUGAUGCACCUGAUGGUUGUCUAUCCAUCUUUGUGCAUCCAGGACGUCCGAGUGGGGAGAUGAACAAACGCUAUUUGUCCGAUAAGGAGUGGGAUGCAGCACGAAUGUAUGUUUUGUUAAAUUGUGAGGAGGUUCUUAAUCCAGCUAACAACAUAAUUGAUGAGCGGUUGAAAGACUUGGCUUCUGGUCCUUAUAAGUGGGUGCAAACCUGGCCUCAGUAUUUUACGAAUGGCUAUAGGUUCGACAUUCUUACUUAUGGCUCUAACAAAUCAACUAUGAAUAGUGGUGUGUGCAUAAAAGGGACAAGUUGGAGUGACUAUGAAAGUGACUACUAUGGAUUGCUCGUUGACGUGAUACAACUAGAGUAUCCUAAUCCGACAAAGAAGAGAACUACUCUAGUGUUGUUCAAAUGUGAUUGGUUUGAUCCAACAAUGGGCCGAGGGUGGAAGGUUCAUAAUCAGUAUGGUCUAAUUGAUAUCAACCAUAAGAAAAGGUUCCCAAGCUAUGCCUAUGAACCUUUUGUGUUGGCUGAACAAGCGCAACAAGUCUAUUUUUCAGAAUAUCCCACUAAAAAGAAAGAUAUUGUUGACUGGUGGGCAGUGUGUAAAAUAAAAGCUAGAAACCGAAUUGAUUCCCCAAAUGUCCUGUACCAAGAAGAAGAGACUUUACCCGCAUUAUUCCCAAUUAUCACUGAUGAUCUUGAUAGCUUGCGUCAUGAAAAUGGUGAAGUGGAAGUACAUGACGUUGAAAAAGUGACUGUUGAAAAUGAAAGCGCGCACAAUAUUGAUGCCAUUGAAGAUGAUGAAGAGAUAGAAGAAUCUGAUUUUGAAUCGUCUGGUUUUGAGCAAUAUUUUAGUGAAACUGAUGACAGUGAAUAA